GGCUACGCUUGCAGUUCUGGCUUAUCCCAUAUCAUCGGCAGUCCGUCGUCCUUAUGGUUAUUUUAGAGCUGCUUCUUGCAAACUUCAUCUAUCUUCAUCGAUCGUUCACUUCAUUAUUCACAAUCGUUUCUGGUUCAAGUUUCUUUGAAUAAAGCAAGUUUUUAGCAUGGACUACUUGUUGGAUCGGUAUUUGUUCGAUAACUUGCCUUUCACAGUCUCGCCUGAAACUAGGAAAGGUAUAGGUCAGAAAGCUGUCACCAUGGUCCAGUGGGCGGAUUGGUUUUGCAAAUACAAAAGUCCCGUAGAAUUGAUCCAGAAUAACCCGUACUUUUUCGCUGCUGAGCUCGUCUUUGGAUUUUUAUGUAUGCUCACAUUUGCUCAUGCCUAUCGUCAUGGCGGUCGGUAUCUAUACACAUGGAUUGCCGUAACUGUACAUGCGUUUGUCAUCGAAACACUAGCUAUCUCUGUACCAGAAUUGAAUCUUUAUUGGCAUGCACAGGGUAUGUUGAGCUUUUUUGGAAUGAGAGUUCCUCUCUAUGCCCUUUUUGGAUUUCACCAAAUGUUUCUCUACACAUCCUAUGUCCUUGUUAGCAGAAUGCGCCUACCUUGGUGGGGUGAAGGGCCUGCAGUUGGCCUGAGUUCUGUGAUGCUUCAAUUACCAUUCCGUAUGUUAGGUACGAAAUUGCUGUGGUGGACGUGGCACGAUACUGAUCCAACGAUUGAAGACAGAAUGUUCUGGACUCCAUGGAGCUCUUUAUACUUUUAUGCCGCAUGUGCUUGUUCUUUUGUAUGGAUGCUCCGACUAACUAGACGCUUGUUGCUUGAAAAGGAGUAUGACUGGAUGAAAUUCCCAAAGGAGUUGACAUGCUCCUUUCUAACUGGAGUACUGUCGUACUGGCUAGGAACCGCACAGGCAGGUCACUGCGUGUGUAAUGGUGAGCUCAGUCACUGGUGUACGGUCUACAAACUAAGCAGUCAUUAG